GAUUUGCUCACAUCAGUGAUAUCACAUGCUUCCAGUCCGAGCUCAAAAAAUUAAAAUGGUGACUGUUCUUUUGUUGAAAUAUACUUGUCAUACUCUACCAAUUCCAAAGGAGAAAGACAGGCCCAAAGGCUUACUCAAAUCACUUAAGAGAUUGUUUCAAGUUUUCUAUUGGAGCAUAGCACAUUACUAUGCUCAACACUCGAGCUACUUUGUAUACCUACUAGUUGGUAUUGGUUUAGUAUCCUUAUCAUCAAGAUAUGAAUUUUUUUAUUUGUUGAAGCCAGCUGGCUACAUUCACUCUAUAUAUUAUAUGAUAUGGAGCACAGUCUUUAUCAGUGACGUUAUAUGCUUAUGGCUGUAUAUAAACGUCCUGAUUCACAUAUUAACUGCUUAUGGUAGAUAUCUAGAAUCGUGGCAGUUAACAAGGAAGAAAUAUGGCCUUAUUUUACCAUUAUCAUCGGGGUUUUUUUGUUUAUUAAUUUCAUGUUACUCAAUAUAUUAUUCAUAUAGUGAUAUUAGUAGGUGGAACGGAAAGUUUCAUAAAUAUAUGUUGCCCUCGUAUUGGUUUUAUAAGUUGUUGAUGUACUCAAGAAUUGCUCAAAAUGUAUUAUCAUGUUUAAUAAUAUCAUUAUCAGUUCCUGUAACUCGUUACUGGUUACGUCUUAUGUCUCCACAGAUAAGAGAAAGCAUGCUUCAUAUACUACCAUGGUAUUUCUUCAAUAAAUUUGAAAGACUUUUAACAUUAGCAACGAUGCAAUCAGUGAUAACUAAAUCAACGUAUACAGAAUUAUUUUUAAGAUUUAUUGUUCUUCAAGGCUUUCUACUGUACAUACCUUCAUUAUCGCUGACUAUUGCAAAUACGUAUGUAUUUCCUAUACUUCACAAUCCAAAUACUGAUCAGAAGAUUGUAAAAGGAAAGGUCUAUCAUGGUAAUCUUGACCUAGAGCCCUUGAGGGCAAUGGUGACUGGCGUUACAACCCCAGUUGUUGACUAUCCCAGUAGAACAGAAUUGGUUCGAGGAGCUUCUUCUGAAAGAUUUAAAAACUUCCUUCAACCAGCCCACAGUAGUCGCCAGCUUGAUAAUUCAAUGCAAGAUCCUAGAGGCAGUGCUGGUAGUAGAGGAGAGACUGUAAGGACUAACGCUCCAUUUUCUUUUACUCGGCCCCCUGAUGAAGGUGCUGCAGGUGAUACUAUUGAUGAUGUACCUAUAAUAAGCGAUGAAAAAGAAGCUACAGAGAAGAGGGAAGAAGUACAGAUUGGGACAAUUGAAGAAGAAACAGAGGAGGAAUUAAAAGAAGAGGAGGAUACUAAACAUAAAGAAAAGGAAGAAAGCACUCAAGAUGAAAGAGAAAUUCACAACGAUGAUGUUCUGCAAAAUUUAGAUCUUGUGGAAAUCGAUUAUGCUAGUGUAGUAACGGAAGCUAGUGAAGAGAUAAAGGAACUUUUAGUUGUAAAUACUGAUGAAGAUGAGUCAUUACAUCCUUCACCAAUUGAUCAACAACACCAGUAAUUAAUUUUUGCACAUAUAAAAUAAAUUAAAAUUAAUUGUAUAAUAUUGUUUAUAUUGUUGUUUUUGAGGCCUUGUUCUGUAGGGAAGUGUUUAAUGAUGAUCCUGGCCUUUUUAA